GUUAUCACGCACUAUUGAAAUCAACAUCAUUUAGUGAACAUUUUGCAAUGUGUUCAACACGCAUUUUUUAAGAGUGCGCGUGCUUUAUACGCCCUCAAGAGGACUAGAUAAAUGACGGAACGAUUACAAAAGGAAACGUUUAAACAUUGCUGAGUGUUUAUUAUUAUGCGGGCACACACAACGACGAACAAGAUGGCUUCUAACAAUAGUACGAUGCUUAGCAACGACACGUUUUUGUCCGACCGCGUUGCCUUAAUACAGCAACUGAAUGACAAGAUGGCGCGCCUGAUGGUUCCCGCUACGGUUUACAUUUGUAUUAUGAUGGUUCUAGGCCUCGUAGGAAACCCAAUGGUGUGUUAUUACUAUGGCGCUAAGACGAAGCUGACAACAAAUACGUUCUUCAUCGUGAUUUUGGCCUUAUAUGACGUCAUCGUUUGUGCAAUAUCCAUGCCAACUGAAAUCGCUGAUAUUGAGUUAUUUUACACGUUUGAAUAUAACGUCGCCUGCAAAAUACUGCGGUUUGUGAACUACUUUGCCGGAAUUGGGUCAAUUUUGACUCUUGUUGCUAUAGCAACGGAUCGGUUUAAAAAGAUAUGUCGGUUGACUAAGCCUCAGAUGGGGAUUAGAACUGCAAAGUUUGUGAGCUUAGGGAUUAUUGGGAUAGCUAUUCUGUUGUCGUGGCCAUCGCUUGUAAUAUAUGGAUCGAUUCAAGUGCCAAUACCAAAUACAUAUGGCCUUGAUCUUAUGGGCGCGGACUGCACAUCUACCAAAGAAGUCGCUUACCAGAAAUAUGUCUGGGUCUUUAAUGGAGUCCACUUUCUUCUGUUUGUUGUGUUAUCGGUGGUUUUGAUUGUGCUGUAUAGCAUUAUAGGGCAUACAAUCUUCAGCCACAAGAAAAGAUUAAUGAUGUACACACCGAACAAAAACAGAACUCCGUCGUCUACUGAGGUUGAAACUUCCUUAUCUGACUGCAGUCAAAAGAUGGAAGACAAAAUGAAAGGAACUGAGAAAGGCGUUAUCAAACCACAAACAGCAACACAAUCUCUUUUUACCAGCAUUAAGCGACAUUCCACUGUAUCUAAGAAAUCGACGGAUUCACACAAACCAUCAGGUAUAGACAGCGAGGCAGUGAAAAUAACCGUCGUUAUGGUGAUUGUUACCAUAGUGUUUAUCGUCAGUUUUCUACCGUACCUAUCACUUACUGUUUGGCGCGUUGUCAAACGCCAACAUGAGGCGGAGUUUCUGUCCGAUGCCGGUCUCGUUUGGUUUAAAAUUGGAUCAAGGUCAUUUCUUUUAAACAGCAGUCUCAACCCGUGGAUUUACGGAAUUUUCAACAGUAAUUUUAGACAGUUUUUCUUUGGAUGGAUUUGUAAGAAGCGAUGAAUAUAUUAUUACUCAUAAUUAUUAUAUGACUGUUUGAUUCCCUUGAUUACCUUAAAUGACAUCGCAUGGCAACGACUUCAUUCAUUAGAGGGCGACUAUUUGUUUCCACUACCUUUCGUCUUGUCACUUGAUUGACUGAUAAUUGAAUCUCAUAUACAUGUGUACGCACAAUUCAAAGACGAUGUUUCCGCUUGCAAUGUAUUUGUGCUAUUUGUUAGUUUUAAAUCUAUUGUUUUGAGAUUUAUAUAUGUCAUUGUUCGUAUUUAUUUUGCCGACUGUAAAACACUGGAAAUAUAGUUUAGAAUUUAUUUCGAAAUACUUAAAAAUACAGUAACAAAUAUAUUUUUAAGAUUUUUUUAAGUUUUGGAAAAUAAUCAAUAGGUUUAAAACUUCACGACAUUUGCCUUACAUGCUCGUAGUUGAACAAUGCUUAAGAAUCUGUGAAAAAAAAUCUCUCACAUAUACUUUAAAAAAGGAAAUUUAAUAUAAAGUAUCAAUUUUCCAAUUUCCAAUAGUUUAUCGUAAAUCAAGGCCACGAACUUUAGUACCUGUUCAUAUUUUGUUCGUUAAUAAAAUCCCCUAAAUAUUUUA